CUUGUGUUCCCUCUCUCGCUGUGUCUCUCUCUGUCAAAAUCUAUUUAAAAAAAAAUGGCAAACAUUACCCCCAAAUGUUAUAAGGGGCCCUCAUAUACCCAUCACCCAAACUUGGUUCUUUUAACUAAGUCGCAAACCCAUAGCAAGCCUCACCUCUCAGAAAUUUUUUGGCAGUCUGUGGUUUAUACAUAAUCUAUUAAGGAAGCCCCAUCUCUCUCUCAUUGCAUUAAUUGCUCCACCCACUUGGCACUAUCCAAUGAGUGCCUCUUGACAAUUCUUUACGGACUAUUAUUUGAGAACCUAUAGCCCACUUGAAACUGUAAUAAGGGCCUUUACAAACAUUAAUUAUAGUGAAUAUUUACUUUGGACUUAACCACGUGCAGGCCUUUGCUAAGGGCUUUAUGUGCAUUAUCUCUUUUAAUCCUAUGAGACUGAUGAUUUGAUCAUUUUACAAGUGAAAAAAAACAGGCAUAGAGAUUAAUAAAAUUGUUCAAGAUCUAACAAAUAGUGGAGUUAGGGUUUGCACUCUGCCUAACUCUGCCUAACACCAGUAUCUAUCCUCCAACCUUUACUGAUACAACCUCUUCCUUCUGGUAAUAAAUGUUGAGUGAAUGAGCUCGUGUCAGUGAACUUUUCUCAGGGGUGUUCAGAUUGUUUCCCUAAUUACAAAUUUCAGCGAGGCCUCCCAUUCACCAGGCCCCAGCACCUGGGGGCCUGUCCUAAAGAACUUACCAGGCUGUGUACUGCAAGGAUUUGUUUUGUUUACACAACUAGUUUGUUUUUUUUUUUUUUUUUACUGCUCUCAAGGCCAGCGACUGUCAUUCAUUUUUAUGUCUCUAGGGCUUAGCUGGGCAAACAGCUGGGACUCACAACAGUUUGCUGGGUGAAUGAAUGAAAAGAAUCAGUUCACCUCUCUUCAGAUAUCUGUGCAACAGAGCAGAUAUCCAGCACAGAUAUGUGUUGAAACACCACAGGCUUAUACCUAGAGGGCUCAGCUCUCAUAAUUCCUGAGACCCUGGACAUGCCAGGGUAUAUUAUGGAGUGAUGGCAUCUAGAAGAGGGGGAGGAAGGCCCAAACACUGUAGGUAAUCCAGGCUUGGGUUGGAAAACAAGGUUGAAGUUACUCAUUAGCAGGUGAAAGGGUCAAGGGUCGAGGCAAGGGGGCUGGAAGCAGAGUGGACUGAAUAACUAGCAGGGGGAGAAAGAGCAGUUAAGGCACCAGCCACUUCACGAAGAGCACCAGCUCCCUCCUGCCUGAAGAUGGUCCACCAAAUAUGGGCAGCUCUGCUCUACCUCUGUGGUAUUCUCCUUAACGCCAUCUACCAGUGCCCUGAGUACAGUCAGCUGACAACUCAGGGAGUGGAUGGGAAAGAGUUCCCAGAGCCACACCUGGGCAGGUGGUACUUUAUCGCAGGGGCAGCUCCCACCAAGGAGGAGUUGGUGACUUUUGACCCUGUGGACAACAUUGUCUUCAACAUGGCUACAGGCUCUGCGCCCAUGAAGCUCCAGCUUCGUGCUACCAUCCGCAUGAAAAAUGGGCUCUGUGUGCCCCGGAAAUGGAUCUACCACCUGACUGAGGGGAGCACAGAUCUCAGAACUGAAGGCCGCCCUGACAUGAAGACCAAGCUCUUCUCCAGCUCAUGCCCAGGUGGAAUCAUGCUGAAAGAGUCAGGCCAGGGUUACCAGCGCUUCCUCCUCUACAAUCGCUCACCACACCCUCCUGAGAAGUGCGUGGAGGAAUUCCAGUCCCUGACCUCCUGCCUGGAUUUCAAGGCCUUCUUACGGACUCCCAGGAAUCAAGAGGCCUGCGAGCUGUCCAGUAACUGACCUGUGGCUUCAUCUGUGCCCCAGAUGGAUAUGGUGGGAGCUGCAAUUGUGCUGGGGGGAGGAGAAGCUGGAGACUCCCAACUCCAAGAGUAAUAAAGAUGAUUUUUCAAUCCUCA